CUCCCCGCCAGGUGGAGCGUUAGAGCGAGUCUCCAUCACUGCUCCGCCAUCAUAUAGGUACUAUGCAAAUAUGCACCGACAGGCGGAAAGACUUAUAAAUGAAUCCACCUUAUCCGCCUAUAUGAACGACUAUACUGCCUAUGACAUAGCUGCGUCUUCUUAGUAGGACCUCAUAUCUCUACUCAUACCUACAUGCUUACCUACAUAUCGCAUGAUUUACAUACGCGACCCGGGCGACGUAAGCACUCGGACGAGCCAUUCGCGGAUCGCAGAUCGAGAGCAGGAUUAAGGACAGGAGAGAGACAAGGCGGGAGAUUGGAAACCAAACUGCGAGCUGGGACAGGACGAAGGGAAGAGAAGGAAAGAAGAGAAAGAGAAGAGACCGCAGGCAUAUAUCCCCAUCGACGUCCCAGGAUGCCCCCCGGGGACAGCGACGACGAGUUAUUCGAGGACAUCCUGAACCUCGAGGAGCAGUACUACCGGGAGGGCUACGAGCAGGGGUACCAGGACGGCGCCGAGGCCGGGCGCGUCGAGGGGCGCUCGGUCGGCCUCAAGAAGGGCUUCGAGAAGUUCGUCGAGGCCGGCCGGCUGCAGGGCAAGGCCAUGGUCUGGGCGAACCGCGUGGCCGACUUCCCGGCGCGGUCGCCCUCUCAGGCUCGCGACCACAGAGACGGCGGAUCGAAGGCGGCCGAGGAGGGGCGGGCCCCCGCAGAGACGCCCAGCGCCUGCCCCCCCUCGCCGUCGGCGCCGGGCCGGCUGCCCCCGCUGCGCGGCAACGCGCGGCUGGAGAAGCACGUCGCGAUGCUGUACGGGAUGCUGGAGCCGGGGACGCUGUCGAUGGCCAACGACGACGAGUCAGUCAACGACUUCGACAGCCGCGUCAAGGGCGCCCAGAGCCGCGUCAAGAUGAUCGAGCGCGCCGUCGGCGAGGCCGUCCCCGCCGCCUCGUCCGCCGACAGCGCGCCCGCCAACCGGAACGACAACAUCGAGGACAUCGGCAGGAUACCGCAGCGGGGCCACGACGCCGCCGGGGACAAGGGCUAGAUAGAGGGGCAAAACUCGACCGAGAAAAAGAAAUUUAAAAAAAGGGGGGGGGGGGGGGGG